AUGACGAAAUACACUAUCGACAUCACUUCUGAUACCUCGUGCCCGUGGUGCUACAUAGGUGUAUCCCGCCUCCAGCGCGCCAUCACAGAGCACACCAAACUCUACCCAGGCGACACAUUCGACCUGCAAUGGCACGCAUUCUACCUCAUGGCCGAAGCAGCCGUUUAUCCCGGUGUCAAUAAAAUACAAUUAUACGAAAUGCGAUUUGGUGACUCGGCCUUGAAAGCUUUGACGGCCCGCCUUCGCGCAGUCGGGGCCCAGGAAGGGAUAAAUUUCUCCUUUGGUGGGAAUACGGGGUCGACGAGGGAUUCGCAUCGUCUUUUGUAUCAGGUGGGGAAGAAUUAUGGCGGUGAGAAACAGACUCUUGUCGCGAAAGCGCUGUUCAAAAGUUAUUUUGAGAAGGAGGAGAAUAUUACGGAUAAGAAGGUACUAUUGCAGGCUGCGGUUGGGUCUGGUGCAGGGCUGGCGGAGAAGGAGGUGAAGGGGUGGUUGGAUUCGGAUGUUGGUGGCGCGGAGGUGGAUAAGGAAGCUGAAGAGGCGAGAAUGAAUUGGAUCCAGGGAGUGCCGCAUUUUUUGAUUCAGGGAGUAUAUCCUGUUGAAGGUGCGGAGGAUCCGGGGACGUUUUUGAGGGUUUUUAAAGCUGCCAAGGAUGCCCAGCCGAAGUAA